AUGUCUAUAAAUAAAAUGUUAAUACCUUUGGAUGAUAUUAGUUCUGACAAUGAGCCUAUAUUAUCAAAUAAUAGUUUUUUUGAUGAAGAAAAUUUUUUUGAGAAUAAUUCUUUUAAUGUUAAUCAGGAGGAAGAUUUUCUCGAAAAAAACAGUUCUUUUAAUGCAAUAUUUGAAAACUUUGACAUUGACAAUAUAUUUGAAGAUGACAAAUUUUCUCUUCUAGAACUUCACCUGAAAUAG